CCUCCACACACUUGCACCGAUUCUCACACUCGCUGGUCAGUGUAGCGGUCAGCCAUGCGGACGAUACGAUGUCCCCGUUUCCUCCUCCGCCUCUUCAUCCUGAACUUCAUCACCACCUGUACGCGAGCACAAUCAGAACAUCUUUCCCCAGAGUUCAUUCUCAGAGGUGUCACACUUUCCGUCAAACCUGCGAACGAGCUGGAGAGGGGAUCGGAGCUGAAACUCAUCUGUACCGCCAACGUCAGCUACUUUGGCAGCAAUUCACCCCUCCUCCGAUUCAGCUUCUUUAAAGAGUUCAACAAGCUCAACAGUGUGUACAUAUUACAGACCAACACCAGUAACCAAGUCGAGUACAACGUCACCAAAGCCCGGGCCUCCCACACGGGCAGGUACCAGUGUGAUGUCACAGCGAAAGACCAAUAUCGGGACAGUUCCCCUCAGAUGAUUACAGUUAAAGGGAUCCAAACUCCAGAGCUGAUUGUGGAUAAGCAUGCUGUGACUCAAGGUGAUGAAGUGAGUAUCACCUGUAGUGCGAAAGAAGAAUCCGGUGUGCUGACUUUCGUCAUUCGAGACGGCUCGAAUAUCAUCUACCAAGAAGCAAGCUACACUGCUAAGAUGCAGAAGAAUCACUCCCUCAAGUCUCCCGGCUUGUCCAAGCUGUCCUGCUCAUAUUUUAUUAAUCUAGGAAGUGAUAUACUUUAUUCAAACGUCAGCAACGUGGUCAGUGUGGUUGUGAACGAACUGGACUUAACGCCAACUAUCACAGUCCUCCCCUCAACAGAAGUCAUCGAGGGAGACACCGUGAACAUCAUAUGUGAUGUGGAAGGGAACUACCAAAGCUCACCUCGUCUCACACUAUCCAAAGGAUCGCGUCUCUUCCAGAUCUCUGAUAGAAAAAAGGAGUACAAGGCUGUCGUCACGGCAGCCGAUUCUGGGAGAUACGAGUGCAGUGUCAUGGUGAACAAUGUAGAAAAAACUGCUAACGCAAAUCUUACUGUCAAAGAGCUCUUUUCCAAACCGGUGCUGACCCUGACCCCGUCCGAGGUGUUCGAGAGGCAGCAGUUUACCGUUACCUGCACAAGCUCUGAUUUUGCAUCAGAGAGAAUUGGAUCUCAUGAUGUGAAGUACACUAUCUACAGGUACAACCAGGCGCUUAGCUCAACCGAUGGCACGUACAGGGACACGGCGAGCACUGAAACCAAUGGAAAUUACACGUGUACCGCUCAAGUGAACGAUACCAUCAAAUGGAGCCAUCUCAUGAUCUUCACAGCAAAAGUUCUCGUCUCCAGACCCAACAUCACUGUGCUCCAUGACGUGAUCCUGGGUCAAUUAUUUCAGAUCGAGUGCUACUCGGACAGCGGGAGUUUCCCCAUCACUUACACGCUGAAGCGGAACCACAGUAGGCUGAGCAUUAUCACAGUAUCAAGGCCAUCUCAGAAAGCCAUCUUUAACAUCAGCAUACGGUUCGAAAAAGAAAUCAAUGAGUUCACAUGUGAAGCCCAGAACAACGGCAACGAUUCAGUUCAGAUGAGUGGCGCUCUUUCCGCUCAGGUUAUAGUUCCUGUAGAGAAGCCGAACCUGAUGACGAUCCCUGAGGCUGACAACGUCGUUGAAGCUGAAGAGGUCAAGUUCGUGUGCAGUGUUAGGAAAGGAUCUCUACCCAUCACCUUUAAAUGGUACCAUGAUGAUAACCACCGUCCUGUUCACACUGUUACGGAGAAAAAAGACCACGCCACGUACAGCCUUCCCUCGGCGAGCAGCAUGCACAGUGGCACGUAUUACUGCGAAGCUUUAAACCAGGGAGUGGAAAAAGUGGAAAAGAGCAACCACAUCGUAGUCACAGUGAGGAUGGCCAAUUGGAAGAAAGGCCUGAUCAUCGGCGUGUGUCUGCUGGUCGUGACUGGACUCGUCCUCGCCUUCCUGUUACGCCACAGGGCUAAGCGAGACGGAGCACCCCACUUUCACACCAAAUGGACGAGAUCGACUGAGGGAAGUCAAGAUGAUCUCACAUCACUUCCUGUUGGCACAAAUAACAGGAUCACCUGCAGGAGCUUGUAAACAUGGACCACAAAGAGGGGAAAAUGCAAAACGCAUCUGAUUUUUUUUUCCAUGAUCAGCAUUUAACAGAAAAUAAAGAUGGAAAUUACGUAAGAAAGGAAGAUGAAUACGAUCUCCACUACAUUUCUAAAGCGACUGAAACCUUUUGGUUUUCUCUCAACGACGUGUUUUAAAGAAGAAUUUUUCCCUUAUUGUUUUAUGAUGUUUUUCCAGCUUUUCACCACUUACUUCUUUGUACAGCUUCCAAAUAUGGAAAUAAUAACUUAAGAAGUCAUUUGAAAUCCAGUAUGGCACGCAUUCAAACAGAAAUUCAUAGCUAAUUUAUGCUAAUUAAUGUUCUGUCUUCAUUUACAGGCACAUCAUUCUUUUAUAUUGCACUUGUCUUCUUGUUUACAUAUUUGUUCAUCUUUCUUGUAAAGUAGGUGAACUGAAGUUUUUUUUGUGGUUUGUAGGUUAGUCAUCAACACACACGUGUAUAAAAUACCAUAAAUGUACCAUAAGAAUAUCACAUUAAUAAUAAUAUAAUAAAUAAAUAAUGCCUUAUUUUGGAAA